AUGGAUACUCGACGCGAGGCCAAACGAGCGCGCCAGGCUUGCCUCAAUUGCAGGAGAAAGAAAGCCCGCUGUUCUGGCGAGAAACCUGUGUGCGCCUUUUGCGCCCGUCUCAACCAGGAGUGUACUUGGGAUCAGUCCUCCACCGACCCUCUAUCCAAAUCACCACCAACGUCUUCACGAUUGGAUGAUCAAAAUCUCGCUGCAAGGGUUGCUCUCCUCGAGUCCAAAUUGAGCCUUCUCGGCGACAAUGAUGCCUUUGGCCUGUUUGCAUCAUCUGGAGCACCCUCAGCCGGCGUUGGCCUGAUGGGCUCCGUUCAACAAACUCCGCCUGGUCUUGAUCAGCACGGACGUGUGACGGGAAAUCCUUCCUCCUUCCGACCCCGAAAUGACUUCCUCCAUCUUCCUGAUCACGGUGUUUUCCAGUCCCUGAUUGAUGUUUACUUCGAGUAUUGCCAUAAUCAACCAUACGCAUUCUUCCACGAGGCUACGUUCCGCCGAAGCUUUGAAGAUGGACUUCUGCCCGAAUACUUGCUAUUCGCCAUUGCUGCUACCGCAUGUCGGUUUACCGAGCAUCCCUUCUAUCAAGGCCGUCAGGCCGAAGCGAUUGAAUCCUACUCAAACACCUCUUGGUCUCAAAUAUUCGAGCGCUCCUUCUCGUCUGAAGGAAACCCCGAAAUUUGCAUUGUCCAAGCCACUAAUAUGCUUGCAGUCAUUGACUUCACGGCGGGCCACCCCAAACUUGGCUGGGUAAAACUGGCACUUGCCGUCCGAUUUGCUCAAGGGCUGCGCCUGAACGAGGAACCAGACCAUUUACGACCAACAAUCGAACAGGAAGAACAUCGACGUACAUUUUGGUCGGUCUAUCUUCUUGAUCGACUGAUGUCCCUGGGGCCCGAUCGACCGCCAUCCUUCCCCGACGCAGACUGCACGGUCCGUCUUCCAUGCAGCGAAGACAUGUUUAUAAAUGGUCUCACCACUUCCAUCAUGCCCACCUUAGAAUCUGUCAUCGAAAAUCCGACCGCUUCGAAUCAUCAAGACCUGGACCAUUUUGCUAUGCUUGUCUUGAUGGCGUCGACAUUGGGCCGAUUUGCAAGAUUUAGUCUGAAACACGCAGCAAACAAUACCCAUGUCCCCUGGGACCCUCGAUCUAAAUUCUACAAUGUCCAUAGCAGCUUACUGCAUUUCGAAAGCCUGUCGCCCUGCAUGUUAGCUUCUGUGGCCGACAUUCUGAGAACCAAUUUCACCUUCAACGGCCAAGUGGACAAGCAACGAGCAGGCCAUUUUAUCUUCUCCCAUGCCCUGUUUCAUCUCAACCACUGUCUUCUCAAUCAUCCGUUUAUCCUCCUUCGCCUGUUUGAUCCUUGUCAAGCACAAAUACCACUAAGUUUCGUCCAGGAGGCUCUAGACCGGUGCCACAAACAUGCCACCGAAUUACUGGAUCUCCUCCGCGAUGCCCAUCAGUGUGGUCCGGUCGUUCACUUAAGCUUUUACGGAUACUGUGCUCUAGUUUCCGGCGUUAUACAGCGACUUUAUGCGAGCCACACAUCCCACGACAUUGCUCGAGCCUCUAGUGAAAAGGUUCAGGCAUCAAUGAGUUUCCUCGAAGGCAAGCCUGCGCGAUGGGCCAUUUUCAGACGUAUGAAAAAUUUACUUCAAAAUUUUAAUCCGGACGCGAACACGGCAAGAGCGCUCACUAACCCUGUGAGCCUGUCGCAAAAGACCCCAAUCGCAGACCGAACGAUCUUAUGGGAACUGCUUGACUAUGCUCGACUCGUGGAAAUGAACAAUCUUUACCCAGUCUUGAAUUCUGUAUCCGCUCUGCCCCCUGCUGAAAUGAUGCAAGAGCCUGUUAUCAUGCCGCCCACAUCUAAUGGAACGAAUACAAACCCUGAGGGACUUCGGUUUAACGACCAUGUUACAACCCCAAACUACACCUUAGAUGGGCUUGGCGAAGAUGGAGGUAGUCUCUGGUCUCCACCUCGUGGAAAUGGCUCUACAGGAUACCGUGACUUUGCUAUGGGAUAUAUGUGA